GCUCUGGUGUGGUCAGAAGAGGAGUUACAAAAGGAGGAAAUGGAAGAAGAGAGUUCCUUCCUGUCUCCACUCCCCCCCAGCUCUCUCCAUCCCUGGCGCAUGCUCAGAGGACAUCGGCUGAGAUUCUGCACAUUUCAUCCAAAAUUCCCAUACUGGGAAAGAGGGGGGGGCUGUAUCUUCUCAAGAUGGCCUCCACCACCUCCCCUCUGCCAGGCACCCCCAACAACGUCACGUCUGUGAAUCAUUCCUUCUAUGAUUAUGACUACCUGGAGGGCAUCGAGUUCCUACUCUGCCACAAAGAAGAUGUCCAGUCUUUUGCUAGAAUCUUCCUCCCGCUCGUCUACAGCAUGAUCUUUGUGCUAGGCCUGAUUGGCAACUUCCUUCUCCUGGUCGUCUUGCUUCGCUAUGUGCCUGGACCACGUCGGAGGGCAGAAAUCUACCUGCUCAACCUGGCCGUCUCUAACCUGUGCUUUGUGGUGACUCUGCCCUUUUGGGCCAUUUCAGUGGCCUGGCAUUGGAUCUUUGGGAAUUGGCUGUGCAAAUUGGUGAGCGCCCUGUACACCACCAAUUUUUACAGUGGCAUCUUCUUUAUUAGCUGCAUGAGCCUGGACACGUAUUUAGAAAUUGUUCACCGUCAGCCCUGCUCCAGGCCGAGAACCCCGGGUCAAGGCCUGCUCUUCGCUGCUGCUGUGUGGGCUGUGGCUCUAGCACUUUCCAUCCCCGAUCUGAUCUUUGUGCAGAUCCACGAAGAUCCCCCCCAUGGGUGGAACUGCUACGCAGAUUUUGGGGGCCACGCCACCCCCUGGAAACUUGUCCUGCGCUUCCUGCAGAACCUUCUGGGCUUCCUCCUUCCCUUCUCCAUCAUGAGUUUUUUCUAUGUCCGGAUUGGGUGUGCUGUGAUCCGGCUGAAGCCUAGGGGUGGUGGCCGGGCUGUAAGACUCACAGUGGGACUGGUGGUGGUUUUCUUCGUGCUGUGGUUCCCGUACAACCUGACUCUGUUCUUACACUCCUUGCUGGAUCUGCAGGUGUUCGGCAGCUGCGCUGUCAGCACGCAUCUGGAUUAUGCCUUGCAAGUGACCGAGAGCUUGGCCUUCUGCCAUUGCUGUGGGACCCCGCUUCUCUAUGCUUUCUGCAGUCCCCGUUUCCGCCAAUACUUGAAGGUGCUCCUGGCUACAGUCCUCAGAGAAUCCCCAACCUCCGGGGACUCGGUCCACACCUCCCCAUCCACCUGUUCUGUCAGUAGCAGACACACAGCCCCGGAAGACAUGAUCACCUUGGAUGACCUUGAGAAGAGCCAGGCGGGAAAUCUCCCUUAACA